AUGCCUCCAGGCUACACUCCCACUCCCCUGCUAUUGAGGAAUCUCCGCCAUGUCCUCAAAGAACAACAUUGUGGCCGCCCUUCCAUCAACCCUCCGCGUCCACGACCGCACCACCAGGCUCGAGCGGCUGCAACUUUCACCCAUCGACAUUAUGCACAGGCCAUCUCGAUCCUGCCUACCCUAGUGGACAGAUCCAGCGCCGACUUCAAGGACAACGCAACCCAACUGACCGAGGUCAUGGCCAAAUACGCCGACCUCCACCAGAAAAUCAUGCGGGGCGGACCGGACAAGGCACGAGAGAAACACGUCAAGAGAGGGAAGAUGCUUGCACGGGAUCGGGUCACUGCACUCAUAGACCCGGGGAGCCAGUUCCUAGAACUCUCGCCUCUCGCCGCACACGGGGUGUACGACGAAGAUGUGCCCGCUGCAGGGGUGAUCGCCGGAGUUGGAACCGUCGAGGGCGUCACUUGCAUGAUAGUCGCCAACGACGCGACGGUCAAAGGAGGCACAUACUAUCCUCUGACGGUCAAGAAACACCUGCGGGCCCAGGAGAUCGCGCAGCAGAACGGACUGCCCUGCAUCUACCUCGUCGACUCCGGGGGAGCCAACCUGCCGAACCAGGCGAACGUGUUUCCCGACCGAGACCAUUUCGGCCGCAUCUUCUUCAACCAGGCACGCAUGAGCAGUCUGGGAAUCCCACAGGUCGCCGUCGUCAUGGGCCCGUGUACCGCUGGCGGAGCGUACGUGCCCGCCAUGUGUGACGAGUCGAUCAUCGUGGAGAAUCAGGGCACCAUUUUCCUGGCAGGCCCGCCGCUGGUCAAGGCGGCCACUGGCGAAGUGGUGUCCGCUGAAGAUCUCGGUGGCGGCCAGCUCCACAGCUCGAUUUCCGGAGUCACGGACUACCUCGCAGUGGACGACGCUCACGCCCUCGUCCUCGCCCGAAGGUCAGUCGCAAACCUCAAUUACCCCAAGGAGGCGCCGUCGGUACCGCAAGAGGUAUGCGAGCCGCUGUAUGACCCCGAAGAACUGGCUGGUAUUGUGGGCACGAAUCUGCGCAAGCAGAUCCCCAUGCAUGAGAUCAUUGCUCGCAUCGUGGACGGCAGCGAGUUCGCCGAGUUCAAGAAAGACUACGGCACCACCCUGCUGACAGGGUUCGCAAAGAUCCACGGCUACCAGGUCGGUAUCGUCGCCAACAACGGCAUCUUGUUCUCCGAGUCGUCUCUCAAGGGCGCCCACUUCAUCGAGCUGUGCUGCCAGCGCAACAUCCCGCUGGUCUUCCUGCAGAACAUCAGUGGUUUCAUGGUGGGUGCCGACGCCGAGAAGGGUGGCAUUGCCAAAAACGGCGCCAAGCUCGUCACCGCCGUCGCGUGUGCCAACGUCCCCAAGUUCACUGUCGUCGUGGGCUCCAGUGCUGGUGCGGGCAACUACGGAAUGUGCGGCCGCGCCUAUUCGCCGCGAUUCUUGUGGAUGUGGCCCAAUGCGAAGAUCGGGGUCAUGGGCGCCGACCAGUUGACUGCCGUCAUGGAGACGGUCGGCAAAUCCGUCGAUCCAGAGCUGCGGGAUCGCAUCGAGCGUGAAAGUGAUGCCACCUUCUCGUCGGCUAGAUUGUGGGACGACGGCGUCAUCCCGCCCGCGCAGACCAGGAACAUGCUCGGAAUGGGCCUGAAGGCUGCGUUGGGCGGCCGAGUCGAAGAGACAAGCACCAAAUUCGGGGUGUUCAGGAUGUGA